AAUCUCGAUUCAUUUGAACAUUUUGUUUCGAGUUAUUAGGUUGGGAGCUUAUUUUGUAAAAUCAAGAUCAAGAUCAUUAGAGUCCAUAAACACCAGAGAGUCGUAAAAACUAAAAUACCACGUACUGGUAAGCUUUGGGUUCGUCCAGAGAAGGUUGGCGACAUGGCCGCCCAGGAAACGAAACGUUUCAGCCAAAUGCUGGGCAUGUCAGCCAGAAUGUACUAUUUACUUGAUGGGAAAGGGCAAGAACCGAAAAGGUUAGCCUAUCGUGCUGGUUUGAUUCUUCAAGGCAAGAACAAGCCUUACUACCAUUCCAAGGAAGACAUGGGAGAUCACGUUGUCAUCAUCAACACGACGAAGAUUAGCUUCAAGCUUCGCGAGGACAGGAGAAUAAGCUGGCAUACACAGUAUGGUGGUGGGUACAUGAAUGUGAAUGAAGAGAGAAUGAACAUCAUCUAUCCAACUCUUGUUGUGAAGCGAGAGCUGCUGAAGGAGCUGCCCAAGGACGAGAUGCGCAUGAAGCGCAUGGCAAGAGUACACCUGUACCCGAAUGAGGAGCAUCCGUUCUGGGAUCAGAUCAACUAUGUGCUUCCAGCUGGCAACACCGCAUUCAAAAAGCUGGACGAAUACUCAAAGGAAGAACUGCAGAACUACCCUGUGUUGGUGCACCCAAAGUACUCGAUCAUUCCGGAGAAGCAUUCUUCACUGGUCCCAGAGUUCACGCAGCAGUAUGAGAAGUGGGAAGCAGAAAGGAAUGAGCUGAUACAUAAGUACUACCCGCAUAAGAUCGUGCGCGGAGAGCAGUAAUGUGACAGUGCUGCUUGAUACUAAGCGAAUUGUUUAAUAACGCUCACAAACAUUACAAAUUUACUGAUUAUUAUCGUGUGCAGAUUGAGGUCUGCUCCUCUGCC